AUGAUCCGUGCGGAUAGUCAGACAGUCAGAGACAGGCAAUCAAUUAAUCACUUCGUGAAGACUCUUAACUCAGCAGGAGACGGGCCAUUGCAUGUACGUCAGAGGGAAGAUGUGCAUUUGUAUCCCUUCAUGCAGUCAGCACAACCAGUGCAAGUAGCCACUCGCCUUUCCGUGUACCCUUCACUUCUGCAUGUUGGCCUCUUCAGAUUAAUUAGGCCGAGGGGAAGAGCCCGGUACAGGUUUGAUGCGGUUAGUCUGCCAGAGGCGAAGCCGGACUUCGGGGUCUCGACCGACUUAUGCUGUCGACGUUAA